AUGCAGCAGCCAUCGAGAGGCGCCACCGAGCAGAGGAGCGGCAAGCGCAAGUCAACCGGUAAAAGGAAGCUUUCUGAUCAGGAGGAGAUUGCGCGGAAUCCUCAAAAUCAACAAGCGACCAUCUCGGAGCUCCUGUCCAAGAAUCAUACCACCUACGACCAAGAGCGUCCUCAUCCUCACCGGCAGUCGUCCCCAACCACCAAGCGUCCGCGAUUGUCGCCUUCCCCUUCGAGCGGACAACCUACAUCGAACCCACAAACUCUAUCCUCUUCCGACAGAAUGUAUAAUUUCGCAAACCAAGAUUCUCGAACUAGCGGACCGUUCGGACAGGCGACGUCCGGGUCACAUACCCUUGGUGGAGCUGCGAAAACUCGGCCCUUCAACACAGCGUCGCGUCAGAGCAACUUUACACCUCAUACGGGCGCAAAAAAACUGGUCGUGAAGAAUCUUCGAACAGGAUCGCGAUUCAACCAAGAUUCGUACUUCGAGAAGGUCUGGAGUCAACUUGAUGCGGCGCUGGCGGCGAUCUUCAACAGUGGAAAGCCCGAGGUAUCGUUGGAAGAGCUUUAUAAAGGGGCAGAAAAUGUGUGUCGUCAAGGGCGAGCGGCUCAAUUAGCCAAACAGCUGCAGGACCGGUGUCGAGGUCAUGUGGCUGGAAAGCUACGCGAUACACUGGUGGCAAAAGCAGAGAGCGGCGAUAACAUUGAUGCGUUAGGGGGGGUGGUUGAGUCGUGGGCAACAUGGCAAUCCAAGCUGGUUACCGUUCGGUGGAUCUUCUACUACCUCGAUCAAUCGUUUCUUCUUCACUCCAAAGACUAUCCCGUUAUUCGCGAAAUGGGUCUUAUCCAGUUCCGAAACCACAUCUAUUCCGACUCUGUACUGAAAGCGAAAAUUUCACAAGGCGCAUGUGAUCUGAUUAGAGCCGACCGCGAUGAGGACCCGAGCAUCAUGGCGGACUCGUCAUUACUUCGGAAAGCGAUCGAAUUGUUCCACGGCCUCGAUGUUUACGCGGAUGGCUUUGAGCCCCUCUUCAUCUCCGAGUCGAAGAAGUAUUUUGCAUCAUGGGCCCAACGCGAAGCAUCGGGAUAUCUCGCCACAUUCGCCGCGAAUAGCCAUAAUCUGAUUGAAAGAGAGGUCAACCGGUGUGAGCUAUUUUCGCUCAACCGAAGCACUAAGCAGAAGUUGUCUGAACUUCUGGAUCAAACACUAGUGUUGGAUCAGCAAUCAGUCCUCCUCAAUCAGGCUGACAUCCUUGGCUUGCUGCGGACGGGGAAUAAGAUUGCUCUAGAGAAACUCUAUUCCCUCCUCGAACGGAAAGACCUUGGCUCGAAUCUGAGAGCAGCGUUCACCGAUUUUAUCGUCGAAGAGGGCGGUUUGAUUGUUUUCGAUGACGAGAAGGAGGCGGAAAUGGUUGCUCGCCUGCUCGAGUUCAAACAGCAACUCGAUGAGACUUGGAUUCACUCUUUCCACCGAAACGAGGAGCUAGGUCAUGCUCUCCGCGAAGCCUUCGAGACAUUUAUGAACAAGGGAAGAAAGUCCCAGGCAACCGGAGGGACCGACAAUCCAAAGACCGGCGAGAUGAUCGCCAAAUACGUAGACAGACUACUGAAGGGCGGGUGGAAACUGGCACCUGGGAGAAAGGCCGAGGAUAUGCCACUUGCGGACGAAGAUGCCGAGAUCGAUCGACAACUAGACCAAGUUCUCAACCUGUUCCGGUUUGUGCACGGAAAAGCAGUCUUUGAGGCCUUCUACAAGAAUGACCUUGCCCGUCGCCUGCUCAUGGGUCGAAGCGCCAGCGACGAUGCCGAAAAGAGCAUGCUGUCGCGACUCAAGACAGAAUGCGGAUCCAGUUUCACUCAUAAUUUGGAGUCCAUGUUCAAGGAUAUGGAUGUAGCGCGCGAUGAGAUGGGGGCAUACAGUUCUCUUCAGCGUGAACGUCAACACCGACUACCGGUCGACCUCAGCGUCAGCGUGCUGUCAGCAUCAGCAUGGCCGACAUACCCGGACGUUCAGGUGCGAAUACCGCCCGAGAUCGCGACUGCUACGACCGACUUUGAAAAGUUUUACCAUGGCAAGUAUAACGGGCGCAAGCUUCACUGGAAGCAUCAAUUGGCACAUUGUCAGCUGCGGGCUAGGUUUCCCAAAGGAGACAAGGAAUUGGUUGUCAGUUCAUUCCAGGCGAUCGUGUUGUUGCUGUUCAACGAUCUCCCGGAAGGCGGGACGCUCAACUAUUCUCAGAUCCAGGAAGAAACUAAAUUAUCCGACCAGGAGCUGAAACGGACGCUUCAAUCGUUGGCAUGCGCCAAGUACCGAGUGCUCAGCAAGAAGCCGAAAGGCCGGGAUGUCAACACCACGGACGAAUUUUCAUACAAUGCCGGGUUUACCGACCCGAAGAUGCGCAUCAAGAUCAAUCAGAUCCAAUUGAAGGAGACCAAGGAGGAGAACAAGACAACGCACGAGCGCGUGGCGGCCGACCGGCAUUACGAGACCCAAGCAGCGAUCGUCCGAAUCAUGAAGAGUCGCAAGACCAUUACGCAUGCGGAAUUAGUGGCCGAGGUGAUCAAGGCUACCCGAAGCCGUGGCGUGUUAGAGCCUGCAGAUAUCAAGAAGAAUAUCGAGAAGUUGAUCGAAAAAGACUACAUGGAGCGGGAAGAAGGGAAUCGGUAUCAAUAUGUGGCAUAA